AUGCAGAAGCCAGGAUGGAAAAUCGAGGCGCACGACUGUCGGCGGCGGUGCUACUGCAAGGUGCCCGACGUGUCCCACCUUCCGUCUAUGACGACCACCAGCUACACCGCCUCGCUCAACACCACCAUCCUCACCACCUAUCUCACCACACCUGGCACCCCCACAACCCCACCUGUCACCUCCAUCAUAACCAUCACUCUCGUACCUUCCAUCACUAACCCUAACACCGCCACCGCGGCAGCAACCACGCUCUCCAACACGCUACACGUCACCACCACCAUUGCCACCACGAACGGACAUACUAUCACCACCAUACCUCACUACCACAACCACUCCAACAACAUCCACAACCACAACCACUACGACACCAACUCCGACCACAACCACAGUCAAAACCACUCCAAGCACUACCACAACCACACCAAUCACUACCACAACUACAUCAACCACAUCUACAACCACAACAACAACCACAGUCAAUCCAUCCUCUACCACAACCACCCCAACCACAUCCACAACCACUACCACUCCAACCACAACCACAACCACUCGAAUCUCUACCCCAACCACACCAACCACCACCACAAACACAUCAACUACAUCCACAACCACAACCACUCCAAUCAAAGCCACAACCACUACCACAACUACUCCACGUUCCAACAACUAAAACAACCUCACACCAACAUCCAUAACCACGCCACCAAUAACAACUACAACAACAACCCCAACAAAAAACACAUUUACACCGACACCCACAAACAGCCUAACAGCAUCAACCAUGCAACCAAUAACGACAGCAGCAACAACAACCCCAGCCACCCCAACAAUAACAAUAACCCAAAAAACAACCACCCCAACGACAACCACCUCAAAAACAACCACUUCACCAACCACAACCACUCAAAAAAUAACCACUCCAAUAACAACCACCCCAACAACCAUAACCACCCCAACAACAACCCCAACAACAACCCCAAAAACUACCCCGAUAACCACAACCAUCCCAACAACAAUUACCCCAACUACAACAUUCACCACAACCACCCCAACAGCAACCACCCCAACAACCACAACUACCCCAGUAACAACUACCCCAACUACAACAACCACCACAACCACCCCAACAAUAACUACAACAACCACCCCGAAAACUUCUACAACUACCCCAAAAACAACGACCACAACCAGGCCAACAACAAUAACCACAACCACCACAACUACAACCUCCCCAACAACAACUGCUACAACGACGACCCUCAGCACAACCAGCCCCACCAACCCCAUCACUACAACCACAACCACGAAACCAAGUAG